GCCACCGUCCCUCUCCCCGCGGAACUACAGCUCCCGGCGUGCCCCGCGCCGUUCCCAUGGCCACGGGCAGCCGGGCCCGCGCCCCGCGCAGCGAUGCCCAAGGCCAGUGAUACUUUAUGGGACCUUGCUAUAGCUGAAGUGGAGAAGAGAGAAAAUCCUGAUGAUGAUGAUGCCAAGCCAGGGGAAGUUUGGGAAAAAUCAGUAUUAUUUAUGGGAAACAAAAACGGGGGAAAGACCACUAUCAUACUGAGAUGCCUUGAGAGGGAGGAAUCUCCAAAGCCAACUUUAGCCUUGGAAUAUACUUUUGGAAGAAGGGCAAGGAGACACAAUGCACCUAAAGAUGUAGCUCAUUUUUGGGAACUAGGUGGUGGAACUUCAUUAGUAGAACUCAUUCGAAUACCAAUCACUAGCCACAACAUAAGGUCAUUUGCUGUAGUUCUGGUAUUGGAUCUCUCCAAACCGAAUGAACUCUGGACUACUAUGGAGAGCCUUCUGCAGGUCACCAGGAACCAUGUGAAUAGAAUUUUAAUCAAACUAGAAAAGACAAACCCUGAAGUAGCUGCUGAAAUUAAACAGAGAAUGUGGAACGAUCUGCAGAGGGAUCACCCAGACUAUGCAUUAGUUGACCCUUUUCCAAUACCUUUGGUGAUAAUUGGAAGCAAAUGUGAUAUUUUUAAUGAGUUUGACUCUGAAACGAGAAAAAUAAUAAGCAAGACACUUCGAUUUGUUUCACAUUAUUAUGGAGCAUCAUUAGUGUUUACCAGUAAAUCUGAGGCUCUCCUGCUGAAAGCCCGUGCUCUUAUUAAUCACUUGGCAUUUGGCUACGAUAAAAGCAAGUCUGUAUCACUGGAUCCCAGCAAACCUCUCUUUAUACCAGCAGGCCUGGAUUCCAUGAGCCAAAUAGGACCACCGCCUGCCUCUGACAGUGAUCUUGGAAAGAUGCGUGCCAACACGCCUUUGGAACUAUGGAAGAAAGUAUUUGAGAAAACAUUUCCUCCCAAGAGUUUCUGUGAUUUACAAGAUACCAAGGACCCUGCACAGGAUAGUCAAUACGCUGAGUAUGAAGUUGAUGUCAUGAGAGCUCAGAAAAACCAGGAACUUGAACAAUACAAAAGAAAUGCCUCUAAAUCCUGGAAAGAAAUGGAUUUUGACUCCAAUUGAUGAACUGCUCUGUCUUCAGUUUAACACCAUUUACAAAAUUAUUUUUAUCAUUUUUACAUUACAUUAGCAAUUUUAUCUGAAGCAGUUGAAAAUAUAUAAUACCAAACUAUGAACUUAGUAUUUAUUAAGCAUCGCUGUUGUUAUUUUUCAUAAAAGGAGCUGUUUAUUCACUCAGUCCGAAUUUGUUUAUCUUGGCACUGGCAAAGAGUUUUAAGAAGUGGGGAAAAAGGAAUUCUAGAUUGCUCUCAUAUAGGUUUGUAUAUGAAGACUGGUAUUAAUCAGUUCUACCUAUUUUAUAACACAUUAUUUGAUUUACUUUUGAAUACUUCUACCCUAAGCAUAUAUUUAAAUAUAAACAAGUUUUCACACCCAAAAUAUGAAAUUGUGUAGUGUGCUAAGCAUCUUUUUGUAGUUCAAAACCAAAGCUUAACCACUUGCAUAAUUGUUUGAUAUAUUUGAAUAAAUAAAUAAAACUAAAACUGGCAGAAUAAAGUGGAGUUAAAACCA